GUAAAUUGUGGUAUAUAAUUUCAGAAGGUUAAAAUUCUUGAACUUAAUCUCUAUUAAAAUUGUAUCUUUAAAUGAAAAGUUAAUUGAUAUUAACAUUAAUUAUUACUUUAAAUAUUAUUUUACUUUAAUAAAUUAAGGAUUAAUAGAAUUAUCUCGUAUAAAAUGAGCUUUGUAGCCUUAGCCAAAUUAGGCAAACCUGUUGUACGAUCAUCUGCAUGGUUACCAUUAAAAUUAGCAUCUAGAACCAAUUAUGUGAAUGUUAACAGAGAUGACGAAUUUGAAGAUGUUAGCUGGAGCAAGCUUUCUGAUGAAGCUAUUUCAUAUGCCUUUACCACUGAAUUAUUCAGAGGUGCUGCUGUAUCAUUAGCUCACUUUUUCAAAGAACCUGCUACAAUUAACUAUCCAUUUGAAAAAGGGCCACUAUCACCACGUUUUCGAGGAGAACAUGCACUUCGACGCUAUCCAUCAGGAGAAGAAAGAUGCAUUGCUUGUAAACUAUGUGAAGCUAUUUGUCCUGCACAAGCUAUAACAAUUGAAGCUGAAGAAAGAGCUGAUGGAAGUCGUCGUACAACUCGUUAUGAUAUUGAUAUGACUAAAUGUAUUUACUGUGGUUUUUGUCAAGAAGCAUGUCCAGUAGAUGCCAUUGUUGAAGGGCCAAAUUUUGAAUAUUCAACAGAAACCCAUGAAGAACUUUUAUAUAAUAAAGAUAAAUUAUUGAAUAAUGGUGACAAAUGGGAAUCAGAAAUUGCAGCUAAUAUCUAUGCUGAUCAUCUUUACCGUUAAAAUAAAAGAAGUUUUAGUGAAUAAUUGUUACAUAAAUUAGUUUUGUUUCUUUACAAAAUAAUUAUAAUGAAUAAAUUAAAAUAAUUAAUUAUAAUUCUAUUUCCAAAUAA